AUGCUUGGAAUGCCCUCGCGCUUCGUCCUCGCGACAUUGGGGUCCCUACUUUACGGAGGCGCGGUCGCACAGAAUGUCACCAUUGCCACUGACAACCCGUUCAUCCACUACAACGGGAGAUGGGACUUGUCUCCGGGCACUUGGUGGACUGGGUCUGGCUUCAAGCUGCACGCCGCUGGCCUCACGUCGCUGACGCUCAACCUCGGUGCUCUGACGACGUCUCCGCUCGUGUCGGCAGGCGUGUCAGUUAAUUACGGUCCGUUUGCAACGGUCAACGUCUCUGAGGGUUCAAACCAGAUACCUCUUAACUUGACGGGUCCCACCACAAGUGUUGUGCGAAUCAAUGCGGAGGGGUGGCAGGAUAAUCGGAUUAACUUACAAAGCACCGUACUGAACGAAGGUGCAAAGCUGCUGCCGUAUCAAUCGUCGAAUCUUGUAUUCCAGUUUAUCGGCGAUUCUCUGUCUGCGGGACAAUACACUCCUCAAGGUGUCGACGAUGCUUGGAACUUCCUCACUGCGGAGCACUUCAAGGCAGAAUACAAUAUCAAUGCCGCACCAGGUGCAGCCCUCUCUGACAUUGUAGCAUACGGAAACCGGCACGGUGUCUCGUACCAAUACUUCAAGACCGAGGAUAUGGGCUAUUACUACACGAUUGACCACAAUUACACCACGCCCUGGGACUUCGUCCGUGACUAUCCUGCACCUACACAUGUUGUCAUUCAUAUUGGUGCAAACGACGCAUCGUACAACAUCAGCCAGACUGCUUUUGUUCAGACAUAUCUCAACUUCGUGGCCCGCUUGCGCACUGUCUACCGCGAACAACCAGUAUUUGUCUUCACACCCUGGGGAUGGCCGUCUGCCGACGGAUCCGUUAGUUAUUACUACCCGGGAGCGUAUGAGGAAGUCGUCCAGACACGCUAUGCCAUAGGCGACGAGAACGUGUUCUUGGUCAACACAACGGGUUGGGUCACUUGGGAAGAUGUCUAUCCCACGAAUCAGCAUCCCAACGUGGAAGGACACCAGAAGAUUGCAGCUCUGUUCGAGAGCUGGCUGGAGGAUUGGGGUCUCAACCCGGAACCAGAAUGGGCCACCCCACUGACGGACGGCUCCUACUUCAUGUGA